UUGGAAUAAGAAACGCAAAUAUCGUCCAAUUCAGCAGCUAUUGAAAAUUCAGAAGGUCAAUGGAUAAAGCGAAUAUUAAAAAGGAACAACGUCAUGGCAUUGAUCACUUAUAUCGUAGACCUACCCUUCUUUCAUUUCUCAUUUUCUCUGUUUUUUCUAUGGCUAAUUUGGUAUUGCAUCAUAAUGAAAAUGUUCCUGUGAGCUUCUUCUUCCUUGCAUCAAUGUUCUUGGUCUUGGUGGCAUCAAUCAGUUCCCAAGAAGAGAACAAACACGAAGAGUGUAGCAAGCCAUUCAGCUGCGGACUAACGUCCAUCUACUACCCUUUCUGGGGAGGGAGCAGACCCAGUUAUUGUGCUAGCAACCACAAAUUCAAGCUCAACUGUGAGGAUAAUCAAAACUCCACCCUUCAACUUGGCUCACAAACUUUUCAAGUUCUUCACUUUGAUCCAGUUCAGUACACCGUGAAAAUCGUUCGAACAGGCAUUGUCUAUGAUAAUUGCUCUUCCUCGGCCGUAACCAACAACUCCGUGGAUUCAAAUCUCUUUAGAUACUUGAAUGUUAGGAACAUCACCAUCUACUAUGGUUGUCCCUAUUCCCUGAUUUCAAACAGCACACGCUCUUUUCAAUGCAAGGAAGAUGGUAACAAGAGUGCUUUCUAUGGGGACCCUGCAACUGGGAAAGUCCAAGACUGUGAUGGAGCUAGGAUUGAAGUGCAAGUAGCACAGGAACUUGACCCUAACGGGGGAAUUCAAGGACUCAACAAAGCCUUGAGUGAAGGGUUUGAAAUACAUCUUAUUUCAGAGGCACAAGUUCAGUGCUUAAAAUGCGUUUCAACUAAUGGAACAUGUGGGGCUAAUAAUGAGUCUCAGUUUUCAUGCUUUUGCCCCAAUGGAAGUGAAGGUUUAGAUUGCUCUAAUAGCGAUAAAUGGAACUGGCAAAGGAAGCUGGUUAUAGGUGUUGCUGCUGCAGUGAUAAGUGGAAUUGUAUUUAGCCUUGGCUUUUACAUCUAUUAUGGUCGUCUAAAGAAGAAGAAUCGUCUCCGUGAAGUAACAUCUUCUGUAAUAUAUAAUUCUAAAGGAAUCUCACAUAGUUCUUCUUUAGAAGAUUAUGAGAAGGGAAGUAAAUACAUUGGAGUCCACUUCUUCACCUAUAGUGAACUUGAAGAGGCCACAAACUUCUUUAAUCCAGACAGAGAACUAGGAGACGGAGGAUUUGGAAAAGUGUAUUUUGGGAAACUUCAGGAUGGACGAUUAGUUGCAGUGAAGAGAAUGUACGAGAACAGUUUGAAAAGAGUUGAGCAAUUCGUGAAUGAAGUGGAGAUCUUAACUGGCCUACACCACCAGAACCUUGUGUCUCUAUAUGGAUGCACUCCUCGCCACAGUAGAGAACUUCUGCUGGUGUACGAAUACAUUCCAAAUGGAACCGUGGCUGAUCAUCUUCAUGGUCAAAGAGCAAAACCUGGCACACUCCCUUGGCACAUCAGAAUGAACAUUGCCAUUGAAACUGCAAAUGCAUUGGUAUAUCUCCACGCUUCUGACAUCAUCCACAGAGACGUAAAAACCAACAACAUUCUCCUUGACAACCACUUCAGUGUCAAAGUAGCAGAUUUUGGCCUCUCACGUCCCUUCCCAAUCCAUGCCACACACGUUUCCACUGCCCCACAGGGAACUCCUGGUUAUGUGGAUCCAGAGUAUCACGAGUACUACCAGCUCACUGAUAAGAGUGAUGUUUACAGCUUCGGGGUGGUGCUGAUCGAGCUCAUAUCUUCUAUGCAUGCGGUUGAUAUCUCAAGGCGUAGACAUGAGAUCAACUUGUCCAACAUGGCCAUCAAGAAGAUCCAAAGUGGUGCGUUGCAUGAGAUUGUGGAUCCAACUCUUGGGUUUGAGUCAGAUUUCAAGGUCAGGAAAAUGAUCAGUGCAGUGGCUGAGUUGGCGUUUCAGUGCUUGCAGAGUUCCAAAGAUGUGAGGCCUACUAUGGCAGAAGUGUUGGAUAGACUUGAGGAUAUAAGAAGUGAUGGGAAGUAUAAGAGCAGGCAUGAGGUGCUUGAUAUAUCAGAAGAUGAUACUGCUUUCCUCAAGAAUGAACCUCCUCCUCCUUCACCUGAUUCAAAUUUUCAAACUGUACGUAGUAUAGUUAACUAGUCUAUGAUUUACAUUAGCUGUUGUACAUAGAAUCAUAGAGCUGAUUCAUUUGGUUAUCAAAAGUUUAUUCCCAAU